GACUUGAGCUGCUGAAAGCUCGGCGCACUAGUUUGUGGAGGUGUACCGAGCGCCAGUGAUUUCGCCCGGGCGGAUUAAUUCGCGUUGUGUGUGUGCUACGGCUGUUUCUUGUCAGUCAUUCUCUCAGCAGCCUGUGAGCGUCCCCGGAAAGCGACUGAGGAGCCUUUCUGAAAAUUAAUUUAAAAAUAACAGAGGAAAAAAAAAACUGAAAUUCACGAAAAGAGUCACCCACUGAAACCUCUCUCUGCAUUCUUCAAGGAACAUACCUCUGUAAGAGAUUGCGAUGCUUCAAACCAGGGUCCUGAUCUGGGCAUUGCUUUUCUUUAGCACUGCAGCCUCCCUGCAAGUGGAAAUCACCCCGAAACAGGGGGAGAUCAGCAUGGGGGAGUCCAAGUUCUUUCUCUGCUCAGCGGAUGUUGAUGCCAAGGACAUUGAUUGGUUUGCCCCAAAUGGCGAUAAGAUUCUGCCAAACGGACAAGACAUCAUUGUCACCCGCAAUGACGAGAUGUCCUCCACACUCACCAUCUAUAAUGCUGAUGUCGACCAAGCUGGCACCUACAAGUGUGUGGCCAAGAAUGGUGACAAAGAGGCUCAGGCCACUGUCAACGUAAAAAUUUUCCAAAAGCUCACCUUCAAAAACGCGCCAUCCCCUCAGGAAUUCACCGAGGGAGAUGAUGCUGACAUUGUGUGCGACGUUGUCAGCUCUCCUCCCCCCACCAUUAUCUGGAAGCACAAAGGCUCCAAGAUUCAGGUGGAGAAGGAUGUUCGUUUCAAAAUCCUCAGCAACAACCACCUGCAGAUCCGAGGCAUAAAGAAGACAGAUGAAGGGGACUACACCUGUGAGGGCCGCAUCCUGGCCAGGGGAGAGAUCGACUACAGGAUCAUCAAGGUUAUCGUCAAUGUGUUCCCGAGCAUCAGGCCCAGGCAUUCUGAACAAAAUGCUACUGCAGACAUGGGGCACUCUGUCAUGCUGGCCUGUGAUGCAGAUGGCUACCCAGAGCCCAACGUGACCUGGGCACGUAAUAAUGUCGUCCUUGAAAGUAAUGAUAAGUACAGCCUCAAUGAAGAUGGCUCUGAGCUGAUAAUAAAAGACGUGAAGAAAGUGGAUGCAGGAGAGUACAUAUGCAUUGCCAAGAACAAGGCAGGGACGAAGGAGCAGGAAGUCAGCCUCAAUGUAUUUGUGCAACCCAAAAUUACUUUCCUGGAGAACCAGACUGCAUCUGAGCUGGAGGAGCUGAUCACCCUUACGUGUGAGGCCACGGGAGACCCCACCCCAAGCAUCGUCUGGAGCUUUGGCCGCCAUGUCUUCACCGAGGGAGAGCAGGCUUCUUGGACUCGACCCGAGAAACACAAGAGUUUGGACGGAAAUGUGGUGGUGCGGAGCGAUGCCCGUGUGUCCUCGCUCACGCUGAAGUACGUCCAGUUCACUGAUGCCGGCCAGUACCUCUGCACCGCCCGCAACUCCAUCGGAUUUGACUCUCAGGCCAUGUACCUGGAAGUACGCUAUGCUCCCAAGAUUCAGGGCUCUGUGGCAGUUUACACCUGGGAGGGGAACCCGGCCAACAUCAGCUGCGAGGUUCUGGCCCACCCGGGAGCUACUGUGGUCUGGUUCCGUGAGGGCCAGCAGCUGCCCAGCCCCAACAUCACGAGCGUCAAAAUCUUCAACACCCCUGCUGUGAGCUACCUCGAGGUCACCCCGGAGACACAGACUGAAUUUGGGAGCUACAACUGCACGGCUACCAACGUGAUUGGCACCGAGUCCAAGGAGUUCCUCCUGAUUCAGGCAGAUGUCCCAUCAGCCCCUUCCAUUGAGCAUGUGGAGCCAUACUCCAGCUCAGCACAUGUGGAGUUUGAUGAGCCGGACGCCAGCGGUGGUGUGCCCAUCCUCAAGUACAAGGCAGAGUGGCGUGUGGCUGGCCAGGGGGAGUGGACCAGCAGGGAGUACGAGGCCGAGGACGGUAUGGAAAGGAUCACCAUCGUGGGCCUGAGGCCCGAGACCAGUUAUGAGGUGAAGAUGUCCGCCAUCAAUGGCAAGGGAGAGGGGGACAGCAGCGCCCCCGAGGUCUUCAAGACUGAGCCAGUCCGCUAUUCUUUCACAAAAGGGGAACCCAGCCCCCCUAAACUAGAGGCCAAGUUGCAGUCUACAGGAAAUGCUCUCAAAGUCAACUGGAUCAAGCAGGAUGAUGGGGGAUCACCCAUCCGACACUACCUAGUCAGAUACAAGGCUAAGCAUGUGCGUGACUGGAAGCCCGAGAUCCGCCUGCCCAGCAGCAGUGAGUAUGUGGUGCUGAGCGGCCUGGCCUGGAACACUGAGUACGAGGUGUACGUGGUGGCGGAGAACAUGCAAGGGAAGUCCCAGCCCGGCAUCAUCUCCUUAAGGACUUCGCCUGAGCCCACCACCAUCCCAGAUUCUGCCACCAGCAGUUCGGGACUGGGAACAGGAGCUAUCGUGGGGAUCCUCAUCAUCAUCUUUGUCCUGCUGCUGGUGGGCGUGGACGUCACCUGCUAUUUCCUCAACAAGUGCGGCCUCCUCAUGUGCAUCGCUGUCAACUUCUGUGGCAAGUCUGGGCCUGGCGCCAAGAGCAAGGACAUAGAGGAGGGCAAGGCAGCGUUCACAAAGGAUGAAUCCAAAGAACCCAUUGUGGAGGUGCGGACAGAGGAAGAACGUACUCCAAACCAUGAGGGAGGGGGCCAGACAGAGCCCAAUGAAACUACCCCUCUCACAGAGCCUGAGCACGCUGCUGACACCACUGCCACAGUGGUGGACUUGCUCCCUUCUGUUACCACUAACUCUGACACUGUCACUGAGACUUUUGCCACUGCCCAGAACAGCCCCACUAGUGAAACCACCACCCUUGCCUCCAGCACAGGCGCACCAGCCACAGAUGCUAAAACUGCCCCCAUCCCACAGUCCAGCACCCCCAAAGCCAGCAUCACCUCCCCGAGCUCCCCUCCCACCGCCCCCUCCGAAUCCACCCCUAAAGUGGCCCCACUGGUUGACCUGAGCGACACCCCCACCACCAAUACCAUGGAAGCUCCUAACGCUCCAAGCAGCCUCCCCCCAUCGGUGCCCGUGUCUGAUGCUAUGUCCCCGCUCGCUCCCACCUCCGCCCCCGAGCCCCCCAAAGCUGACACCACCAAGGGCCCCGGGAAGGAGGUGCCGCAGACCAACACGGCGACGGUCCUGCCUGAGCCCACCAAAGCCCCCACAGCCCCUGACAGUGCGGCCAAGCCCUCCCAAAACCAGGACUUUCAGAUAGACGGAGGACCCUUCCAGAGCUCAGACAUUGAUCUGGCUAAGGAUGUUUUUGAGGCCCUGGGCAAGCAGCCCUCUGAGACCCCUGCAGACUCCACUGCUCCGCCCAUGCCAGCCCAGGACGAUAAGCUCCCUGUAGAUGGUAACAGUAAGCCCGACGAGACAGAGGUGAAGAAGACCCUAUCGGAAGUGAAGACAGUCCCCAAUGAAGCCGCCCAGACAAACGGCCAGGAGAGCAAAGCGUGAUUCAGCACCCAGGGGACCCACAGAACGUCACACCACAACAUUGAAACAAACAACAAAAAAAGUCAUUCUACAAAAUGUUUCUUUCAUCGGUGUCUUUUGUUGAGUUUUCAGAUCAGGAAAUGAGUUUAUAGAUUCGUAGAACGGAACAAGAUCUUUAUGUACAGGCUUUUUUGUUUUAUUUUUUCUCAUUUCAUUGUUUUCAGCAUAUUCUCAGUGUUCAAGGGAAAAAGCGAGAUAUUUGGUUUUAAGAUUUGUUUUUUUAUCUUAAGUGGUUUGAGGGAACCAAAAGCAAGCUGUCCAUGGAAAUCCUGUGACAUCAGUUACUCGUAGUAAAAGCAAGAAAAGAAAUCUCAAUAUCAGUUGUAGUAGAAAACCCAUGGAAAUUUUAGCUUUACUCAACAACAAUGCCUUUACGUUGUGCACACACAGUACCAUGACAUUACUUACAGUCUAGUUUUUCCAGUUAUGUCAUUUAUUGUAAUGCAGUAUUGUCAUUUUUAUGUCCACUGCUAAUGGGUUAUGGGUACAUUUUGUUUUAAUGUUUCCUUGUGUUUAAAGAUUAUUUGGAAAAGUAACUGCCUUUUAUGUUAUCUAUUUUUUUUAUUGUUAUUUUGAGGGCUAGAGUUAUAGCAUAGAGCAUUAGCGUGCUUGCUUUGCAAAAGGAUUUUUCCAUGCUUUUUGUUUGUUUGUUUUACACUUUUGCUGUAAUUUCCAUUUUAUAAACACAGUGUGCUUGUAUGUAAACAUCACAAAAAGGAAUUAAGACAGCAGAAAGGAUAGAUAUAUCCAACAGAUUUGAAGGAAGUCAAGGCUGGCAGUUGGGUUUACACAGCUUAAAUCCAUAUUAUUUUUUUGUCUUCAAAAAAAUGUAUAAAAAAUGUGUCUCUACAUUCUCUCCUCUAAUAAUCCUUUGAUUUGACCUGCACCUCAGCACUGCAUUAGAUGUGGGGGAAAGUCAGCAUGUAAAGCUUGACCUUUGACCCCCACAACAUAGAUGGAAUGGAAGGAGCUCAGGGCAGCAUGUUUAUUGGCUGGCAAGUAGACAUGGACAACUACUGUAGCACUGUCCACAACUGAGCUGCAGCCAAUCACAGCACGGCUUAGUCAGAAAGAUGCCAUCAAAGAUCUGGCUGUCAAGGUAAUGAUGUCUGGGAAGUACAAAAUUACCCCUUUGUUCUACAGUUUACUGGUAUUUUCCUAGAUUGUUUGGAAACAUUAUGAAUGUUGCAUUCAUCAGCCACUUUACCCCAUCUUGAAAGUGAUUUUAAAGAGCUGAAAUACUUGUUUUGAUUUUGGUCUCUUAUGCCUACAGAGAAAAUAAUGCCUGAAUGAAUACAUUAUUUAAGCCAUAGUGCUCUGGUGUGAAUUUGGGAAGUCAAAUUAUUCAGUCAGAUCUUUUUUGUACAGUACGUUUCUCAUUCUUUAGACAGCAAGCUUGUGCACUGUGAAUGCGUGAAUAUCCUCGUGUGAAUAAAAUGUGUUCUUUGUCAUAGAUUUAAAAAAUGCAUAGUUUGGUUGUGAAAGGUUUAGCAAAUAGUUCAGACAAAAGAGUUCAAUGAAAAACAACCACAGCAGCAAACAAAAAGAAGUGAAAUAGAAGAACCGGUGCCUUCAAAAAUCUUCUUACUCUGGCAUGCAUGUCAGCCAAUAACACAGAGGGGAGGUGCUGGUAGGGGCCUGUGGCCUAGAGCCCAGGUCAGCCUACAGGCCAUCCAGCAAUUUUCAGUCCAGUAUCAGAGGGUACCGAUCAGGGGGAGGUCACCAAGGCUGGUUGCUGGUUUGUGAUUUCAAACUGUGAAGAAAAAAAAAACAAUAAAUAUAUAAAAGACUGGUCUUGUCAUUUGAAUAUUUGAGGCUCUGGGGAUGAAAAUGGAGGUGUUCAAUACUGUCUGCGUUUCAUUACAGGGGGAUUGUUGAUUACAGUACAUCUACCACGCACGUAACACGUCCUUCCCUAACAGCCUAAAUGAGAUCAUUGCUCAUCCCAGUUUUUAUCUUGAGGUUGAAAUGACUGCAAGGAAAUUCACAUAGAGAUGCGGAGCGGAUGCGGAGAGCUGGACAACCAGUUCUGCAUUCAUCAGAACUGACUUUUCAGGCCGCACACGCUAGCAACCUCAUACGCAUUGCUCCUGAUCCAAAUUGUAAAAUGACCAGUUAGAGGAAUACUAAAUCCUGUUUUUUUUUUUUUUGGAACAAGCAUGCAAACGUACUCUAACUGAAUUUUGGAUUUACGUUUGAUACUAUUGGUGUAGAGGUUCAGAAUGAUAUGUUGUCCAUGAAAAACAAGGUCUUUGAGAGAGGCUUUGUUUGUUGUAUAUUGAUCUUUUUAAGUGUUCUGUAUACUGUUGUCUCUUCAGAACAUAGGCAUCAAGUGCAUUUACUCAUCGAGGUGGUGUAAUGGACAAUGAAAGGGGGAAGAUAAGCGUAGUCUGACUCAUGUUCUGAAAGGAUUACAAAACAUUCCUUGUGAUGUAGAGAAUUAACACUGACACCUGUGCAUUUCUGUUGUCGUAAAAAAAGAAAAAAAAAAACUGGAGAUUGCUGUGGCUUUUGAUCCUUGUGUUUCAACUGCCAUUUAAUAUGGGACCAAGUUCUUUGUGAGUUUACAUGAAACUCUGAAACCAGUGUAUGGUGCCAUCAUUUUUUUUUUUUUUUUAUGAAGAAGGAAGUCAGUUGCGUCAGAUGUUUUUGAAAGGGUAAAUCACUUAUGAUUGUAAGCCAAAAAAGAUUCCUGUUGAGAUUCUGUCUCUCUAAGAUGCAGAUCUUUGUUGGGGGAGGGGCCCUAUUCCUCUUAAAAAGGGCAUGUCACAUUUCCUGGAGACCUCCAUUGUCCUUCCUAUCCCAGCAUUCCCAGCUUUCGGGGCCUUCUCUCUUGUAUACAGAUUUUUACUAAGUGAAGCAUUGGUACCACGUCUCUUUCCACUGUCACU